UGCUUUUGGCUCGUCCUCGUCCUGCGCGAUAAAAGUUUUGGACGUCGGCCGUCGCACGUUGGCAGCCUUCGAACGCUCGGGAGGACCGCCACCAUGGGUCUGUCCAAAGCCGAGCUCGGGUUCAUCCUCGUCUGCGGCGCCGGCUCGUCGACGGGCAUCGGCGCGGCCGUCGUCUUCUCCGAGCGCCUCGUCCAGCUCGCGUCGAAGCCGUUCCUCGCCGGGGCCCUGGGCCUGUCCGCGGGCGUCAUGCUCUACGUGAGCUUCGUCGAGAUCAUGGUCAAGUCGCAGAUGGGCUUCGAGGCGUCGAGCGUCAUGGGCCCGAACGACGCGUACCUCGCGGCGACGGCGUCGCUCUUCGCGGGCAUGCUCUUCAUGAGCCUGCUGGACGCGCUCGUCCACACGCUGGACCCGAACCACACGGGCCACAUGUCGUCGGACCCGGCGCGCUACAUCCCCAAGUCCGUCGAGGGCGACGCGCCGGCCGCGUCGUGCUGCGCGAUGGGCGACGACGUCUUCGACGAGAUCGAGGCGCGGAAGCGAAAGGCCCGGGCCGUCGCCGACGAGGCCGGCGCGCCGUCCCAGGCCGAGGGCCGGCCCAACGCGUCCGAGGACACCGACGCCGAGAGCGGCGCCAAGGCGCUCGAGGUCGAGGCCCCCGAGGCCGCGGGCGACAAGCCGCUCGAGCGCAUGGGCGUCAUGACGGCGCUCGCCAUCGGCAUCCACAACUUCCCGGAGGGGCUCGCGACCUUCGUCGCGACCCUCGACGACCCCGCCGUCGGCGGCGCGCUCGCCCUCGCCAUCGCGAUCCACAACAUCCCCGAGGGCCUCUGCGUGUCCAUCCCCAUCUACUUCGCGACGGGCGACCGGUGGAAGGCCUUCCGCUGGGCCUUGCUCAGCGGCGUCUCCGAGCCCGUCGGCGCCCUCCUCGGCUGGCUCCUCCUCAAGGACCACUUCAACGAGCUCCUCUACGGCAUCGUCUUCGGCAUGGUCGCGGGCAUGAUGGUCAUGAUCUGCCUCAACGAGCUCAUUCCCACGGCGCACCGCUACGACCCCCAAGACAAGGUCGUCACGAAAUCCAUCACCGCGGGCAUGGUCGUCAUGGCCGCGUCCCUCUGCCUCUUCGACAUCUGCCAGGGAUGCGCGGGCCGCGGGCAGCGCGUGCCGGCGGUGCUCGCCGCCUUCAUCGCGCGGACCAUCUUGGAGAGCGACCCCCUGCUCUUCUCGCCGGAGAAGGAGCUGACGAGCGAGGGCGUGGACACGCUCAUCCGCAUGUCCAUCGCGCGGCUCUGCGAGAAGGACGCGCCGAGCCUCGAGACGAUCAAGAUGCAGGUCGCGUUCGACUCGACGUACGUGCGCUUCGAGGAGGAGCUCGACAAGAGCCGCAAGGCGCGCGAGGAGAAGAAGCGGGAACUGGUGCGGGCGAUCCUCGCCGUGAAGCCCCGGGGGUCCACGGACUUCGAGACGCUGACGGCGCUCUACCGGCAGAUUUUUACGUACCUGCUCCACGUGAGCCGCGGCGGCUCGGGCCUGCCCGGCGCGCCGUCGAACACGACGGCCGCCGAGGACCCGGGGUCCAUGGAGCGCGCCGUCGAGCGCGAGAUCGCCGCGGCGCUCGAGUCCGUGUUCCCGCGCAUCGGCCUCAAGAGCUUCGUGCAGCUCAGCAGCGAGGAGAAGCGGCUCCAGCUCGAGGAGCUGGCGCGCAUCGUGACGGGCAUCCGCCUGUUCAACCGCGAGGGCGGCAAGGGCGGCGCGGGCUUGGACCACGUGGAGGACGCGGUCGCGACGACGGUGAGCGACCUGCGGGACGCGCUCGACGCGGAGACGGCGGAGCAGCACGACCUGGCCCUGCGCUACCAGGAGACGCUCGUGUACUGCCACCUGCGCCAGCCGCCGGGCGUCGCGCCGGCGCAGCUCGAGCGCUGGGCCCAGGAGCUGGCGAACCGGCGCCAGUACGGCGCGUACCUCACGUCGCUCGCGGAGGACGCGGCGGCGUCCGCGCGGCGCGUCCAGGUCCACCGGGAGCGCUUCGCGACGGAGAUGGACGAGUUGCAGGCCCUCGUGGGCGGGCGCGCGUCCGUGCCCAAGGAGCACGUCUACCCGAAGUUCGACGCGAUCGCGACGGCGUGGUUCGCGCUCGACGACGAGCUGCGGGUCGUCGAGUCGCGGGUGGCGACCCUGGAGGAGCUCCACCAGUUCCGCGAGUCCUACAACAUGACCUGCGGCGCGAACCACCCGGUCUACCGCGCCGCGCGGCUCGAGAGCCACGCGAAGCCCGACGGCGGCGGCGCCGUCGACGACGAGGCCGAGAUGGCCGAGGCCGUGUCCAAGCUCGGCGGCGACCAGGCCGCGGCCGCGGUCGCGGCGCCCGUCGAGGGCGCGCCGUCGGCGGCGAGCGCCGCCGAGGACGACGACGCCAAGGCGCUCGACGACCUGCCCACGGGCGCGCGCGACAACGCGGACGUGCCCGUGCGCCUGAGCGUCGAGACGACGCCCGAGUUCAUGCAGCUGCCCCUGGAGUACCAGGGCUUCUGCGGCUGGACCGUGGCGAACCGCCACGGCCUGCUGCUGCCGGGCAAGCCGGCGCUCGGCGUCGUCAAGUACCGCGGGUCCUGCUACGUCUUCGCGCACGCCGUCGCGCUCAAGGCGUUCAUGGACGCGCCGGAGGCCGUCCGCGAGGGCGUCGUCGCCCAGGCGACGCUCGCGCCGGAGCUCGUGCACCUGUUGCGCCUCCAGGACUCGUACCCGGGCACGUCCAUCGCGAAGAUUUUAGCGUCGCGCGCGAUCACGGGCAAGGGCGCCGAGCCGGGCCAGGCGACGGCCGUCGCCAAGGCCCUCCUCGCGCCGGCGGCGACGCGCGACGCGUCGACGGACACGCCCGUCCACUUCGUCGAGAAGCACAUCGACCCGGCCUACGAGUGGAACGACUGGGCGCUCCGGCGCCGCGCGCUCCGCCUCGCGCAGCUCAAGCACUGCGCGACGACGAGCCAGCAGACCGACGAGUCCCACUUCCGCCGCAACAACACGACCCAGGUCUUCCUCCCGAAGAUCGCCUCGACCCAGAGCCGCAAGGACGGCGAGACGAACCCGCCCGUGCGCAUCCAGUACUUCAAGGGCCUCCGCGGCGGGCCCAACAAGAUCGUCAACCCGGAGGAGAAGCCGCUCGAGACCGUCAACGUCGACCUCACCUACCACUUCUGA